GACACGGAAGGGUCAUACCGCAUCAACACAAGCUACAAGGGAUUCGAUGCUGUCUCUCCACCAGUUAGAGGUUUACUGACUGACCUGUUUUGAACUUCUGUGCAAAUAAGGAACUGGGAACUAGCAGCUGACAGAAAGCGGAUUGUGACCCUAAGGAAGAGGUACGACUCAGACCGCGAUGAGGGCGUUUCGGUGGUCUCUUUUACUCCUGAUGGUUGCUGCGCUCCUGCUGGGGGGUUGCCCUGGUUCCUCCUCGCACUCCCUGCGCUAUUACUACACGUCUGUCUCUGAGCCCAGCCAGGGGCUGCCCCGCUUCGUCGCUGUGGGGUACGUGGACGAUCAGCUCUUUGUCCACUACGACAGCCACGGCAGCACGAGGAGGGCUGAGUCCCGAGCGCGAUGGAUGGCGCAGAUGGUGAAGGAGGACGCCCACUACUUGGACAGGAACACCCAGAGCUUUCGCUACGCUGAGCUGUGGUCCAGAGACAACCUGGCUGGCCUGAGGAAUCCUGGCGGAGGGCUUCACAUCUGGCAGCUCAUGUACGGCUGUGAGGUUUUCCAAGAUGGCCACAAAGGCGGGUUUUGGCAGUACGGCUACGACGGGAGGGACUUCCUCAGCCUGGACAACGAGACCCUCGCCUGGACGGCAGCCAGUGAAGAGGCCCAAAAUACCCAGAGGCGGUGGGAGGCUGAGACGAGGAACGCGCCCGUCUACAAGGCCUACCUGGAGGGGAGAUGCGUGGAGUGGCUGUGGAAGCACCUGGCCUAUGGGAAGGAGACCCUGCUGAGGAAAGAGCCCCCCGUAGGGAAGGUGACACGCAAGCCAGCUAGCCACGGCAAGGAGACCCUCGUCUGCCAGGCCCACGGCUUCUACCCCAAGGAGAUCGACGCCACCUGGACCAGGGACGGGGAUAUCAUGGACCAUGUCACCUUCCGUAGAAGUGUCGCACCCAAUUCGGACGGGACCUACCACCUCCGGAUCAGCAUUGAGAUCGACCCCAUGGAGAGGGACCGCUACCGGUGCCACGUGGACCAUGCCGCCUUGCGUGAGCCUCUGGUCUUGGCCUGCGGGGAGCCUGCUGCUACCGUGGGAGCCAUUUUGGAGGCCGUGGCUGUCGUGCUGGUGGCGGCUGGGAUCAUCUUCCUCCUCAGUAAGAAAACGCUCGAAGCCUUUGAGACCUGGCGAGAGAAAAGAGGUUACAAAGCGGUAUCCAGAAAGGAACUCCUCCCUGUGUCUAAUGUACGACUCCUAAUUUGAGAUGGCGGCGUGGUCAGUUCACUCCUGCUUCACUCCCGAUCGUCGCCUUUUAAAACUCUCAAGACUGCCGGGCUAUUUAGCUAUUUCAGUUUUCACUUCGGCUCGGUUUUCUAUAUACUUGCAUGCUGUGUUUUGAGGAGAGUGUGAUUAAUUCCAGUUGAUUUUGGAUUCUGUCCAAGAGUAGGGUGACUAUAACGGGAAAAGAGGACAGGGUUCCUGUGUCUUUAACAGUUGAAUAGUAAAGGGAAUGUC